UUUUCCCCGGUUCAUUCUAAUGGAACUCCCUCAAUGCUCGGGAAAUCAAGAAUGACGCUUGAAAAAACCUCUAGUUUUGACUGGCAUUGAACCUUCAUAUAAAUAUAGCAAGCAGACAAUAUACAAGGAAUUUAGUUCAUCAUCAAGAAUGUCGCAACGAAUUAACGAUGUUGUGCGGCUGUGUUGCGAGUUAUCUGCAAACCAACAGAUAAAGACCACAGUGAAGGGAUCUUCCAAAGGGGCGGUGGCAGCAGGAGGACUAGCCUUUGCAGGAGGACUGGUUGGAGGCCCCCUUGGCAUCGCUGUGGGGGGUGCGGUCGGUGGCCUACUGGGAUGCUGGAUGACCAGUGGACAGUUCAAGCCGCUGCCUCAGAUCAUCAUGGAGCUGACCCCGGUGCAGCAGCAGAAGCUCUACGAUGACAUCAUGGCCAUCAUGGGCGAGGUCCAGUGGACCGACAUGGCCCAGCUGACUGCCCUGGUCAUGGGCAAUGCCACCCUACAGCAGCAGGUGACUGCUGCCCUCCUGGGCUAUGUGACCAAAGAGCUCCAGGCAGAGGUGCACUAUGUCGACUGACAAGGCCUCUAUCAGAGAGCACAUCUCUUUCAGGUUUUCAAAGGAAAAUGGAAACGAUGACAUUUUGCACAAUGUCAAAGGACAAUUUAAAAAUGAAGGACAAGAAAUUAUUUAUUAAAAGUGGGGCUGUACACUCAAGGAUGAAAACCUCCAUGGUCUGUGAGAAGGGAAGGAGCCACUGAUUGAAAGUGCAUGAAAUGAGUUGUGGCUAAUUAUUUCAAGGGUUUGUGUGACUAUGUAUUGACUACCUGAGCUAAAAAUUGUGUGAAAAGAAAUACAACCUUUUAAUUCUUUCAA